AACGCUAGGCGAGUGCGUGCGCAUGUUUCCCCUAAAGCCGCGCGCACCCUCGAGCGCCGCUCAGCGAUAAUUGGCCGGAGGGUGCACACGAUGUAUGGUAGUUGGUACGCGAUGCCGAGAGAGGAUCAGUCGUCGUGGUUCGGUCGUAGUAAUUGUGCGAGGUGUUGUCGAAGUCGCGGAAUUAUGUGCGCGAGAAAAUCGUGAAGCCCGGUGGUGAAAGGGGUCGGAGCGAGCUGUGGCCUCUUGUUUACGGAGCGCGCCAUGCGGGAGGGGUGACCUUUCUCCAUGCGCGACAUGCGCCCGUGAUCGCCGCGGUUGGAGAGCGCCACAGAAGGGGUGAGUGUAAGAGCAGAGAGAAGCUUCUCUCUGGUAAGAGAGAGAGAGGGAAGGAAGGGAAAGUGGCGCCGGGCGGACAUGAGGAGCGCGCGCGUUUUCCGCGCGUCGCACACGUGAGUACACAGUGCGAAGGCCGAAGCGACGCGAGUGACAAGUACGCGAGUCGCGAGCGGGGAUUGAACACGGUCAGGUGCCGACGUGCGACCGGACGGGACGGGACUUCACUCUCGCCGAACUUCACGACGUAGAUCGGCACGUCGGGAACGCGAUUUCGGGAAAACUGCGUGCGCCGCGGAGUGACCUUCGUGCGAUCUGACGCGGGUGAGAAAGUUUUCUAACGGGACGACGAAUCGCCAAACGCUCUUCGUCCUUUUCUCCCGAGUGGCGUAAUUGGAUGUCCCUUUCUUCCGAGUGACGUAGAUGGUUUGCGAGCGAUGUGGAUCGGAAUGUCGGGAAAAUUCGAAACAGAAUUUUUGCGCCGCCGAGUGGCCUGCUGCUCGAUCUCUCGGUGAGAUCGCGUCGAAGCGUCGACCGAUUCUUACACAUUCGAGUUUUAACGAGAAUUCAACACCGACAGGUUAAGAUUUUGAGAAUCCGUAAAUAUCUGCCUGCCCUCGGUGGACAAACAGAAGCCUUUGGUUAUCUUAUUUUCGCAGAAAAGCAGGUAGGCGAAUAGUAAAGUGUACAGUAAAGUGAACCACAUAGAAAAAGAUCGUGAAAGUUAAUAGACAAAGGUAACGUCGCCUCUAUGUGCCGAUGAACCUCGUAUAAAUAGACUAUAGAGUGACGCUUAAAACGUAAUGCUCGGUUGAUUCACGGGAUACGAGAGACACGACGAAGCCUGCAGUUUCGCUAUUCGAUGGCGACGCGCAUAUCGCUCGGUGUGUCGCUUCGAGUGCAUCGGUCACGUCCAACGGAAGGUGAAGUGAUCCGCGCCGAAAGUCCAAGCGUACGGAAUUUCGUCAGCCAAAUGAACGACGCCGUUCUGAGCAUGAUGGAGGACGUCGACAGCAUGCACGUCGUCAAGACGCCGUGCGUCUCCGUCAACAGCAGCUCCCACGACAGCGUCGACAGCGGCUACUUGUCCAUCGUGACGCCGCAGACCAGCGGCUGCACCCCGAAGGUGGCGGCUUACCGAACGCGCUCGUCCACCGGCGCCUUGUACUCCGCCAAGAAGCACCGGUAUCGCCCGGAUCCCUUUCAGUACGAGAAGGUGCGACACCGCUCCAAGUUCAGCCAUCGGCUGAACACGUCGGGGUACGAUUGUGUCGCGUCCGAGCAAGACUCGGUGCUGGAACCGUCGUGCCCGCACGUCGACCAGAGCCUCAGCCUGGUGCACUCCACCCCGAGCUGCGCCGACAAUGAGGCGCUCGACAAGGCACUCGGAAGCAGGAGGAACUGGAGGACCACGGUGCCCGUCACCCCCGCGUCCGCGGACUACGAAAUUCUCUCGCCGCCCCUGUCGCCGGCGGUGCCCUCCUCGUCCUACGUCGCCUCGGAGCCCGUCCCGCAGGAUGCGGAAAUGAAGCUAGUCUGUACUCCGCGGGAUAGAUCGAAGCGGGUCACGACGCCGCCGAAACUAAAAAUCUUGAUACCACGGAUCGUGAUCUCGCCGAUUGACGCGCGAAGCAGCCCCGUCGUAAGGUCGGCUAAUCGCAAAUUGCGCGACCUGCGCAUCUCGGACUUGGCCGCCACGUCCGAGAUCAAGCCCAAGAAGCUGGACUUCAGCCAUCGCGGCCUGUGCGGGUCGCAGCAGAAUAGCAGAAGAGCCACGUUGGACUACACGGGAAGGGAAAAGGUUGACUUCUUGUCACUCCUCGGGGAAGAGAGCAACCAUUUGAAUCUGGUGUCAAAAAUCCUGUCUUUUCUCCCGCCGCAAGAUCUGUGCUCGGCCAGUAUGGUGUCCAAAGUGUGGAAAAAAAUUUGCAAAAGCGACCAUUGCGCCAACAGGCGAAGAAUGAGUUUCAUCAUGCGUAAGCACACCAUCAAGGAAAACUUGUGGCUGCUGGCGAUGGCGAAGAAGGCCAAGUGCGAAGAGGAUAUACAGACGAGUCCCAAGAGCAGACGUUACGCUCGGAAAGGAUACCUGUUGGAUGUGCAGAACUUCAUGCAUGCUCCAGUACAGCCAAACAGCCCGCCUGUAUCACCGAGCAAAAUCAAAUUUCAUUCCUUUGUCAAGGCUAGUCGUAAGCUCGCAAGUGGCGAGUACCUGCUGCGGUGUCCAAGGUGUAGCUUUCCCAGUCACGUGGACAGCGAGAAGAACAUGGGUGCUUGCACGAGGCAGGGCUGCUCUAUCGAGUUCUGCAUCUCCUGUUCGUCGAAGCCGCACGCGGGCCCGUGUAAAAUGUCCUUACUGGCCACCCCGACGAAGCGCAACAACAAACGCCUGAUUGUCGGCUCGAGACAGAGCAAACGGAAUUUGCGUCGAUUGUAAAUCGAUUCCUUUUUCGUCAAACCGCGUCCCGAUCAUUCGCGAGGAAAGAACUAGUCUAGUUACGGGAGUCACGUCGACUCCUAUCGAGGGGAACAAAUGUAUUAUAGAUAAAAAUGUGUCUAAUACCGUAGCCGUCGAGAGUCAAAAGAGAUUUUAUAGUCUAAUUUGAAAGAAAAAUUAAUAUUCUAGUGAUUAAUUUUUAGUUUAUUGCGAGCGUUUGGAGCGAAACCAAUGUGACGGCGGUGUGCUCGUUGCGUAUAGAUAGAGACGAAUUCGGUUGCGUAACGCAACGAUACGAUACACAUCUUCAUAACUCGAGAAAAUGCCUUAAGGGUACUUUGGCAUAUAUAGCAUAUUAGCUUACGAGGUGGCAUAAGCAUAUUUAAUCGCCGUAAAUGCCGCUUGUGAAUGAUUUUUAAACGCCGUAAAAUCCACGAACGCCCUAAUUUACUCCGAUCCGUCGACACCACGAGGGGGCUGAUGCCGAAGUACGGCUUAAAUCUUCCGAACGACGUCGGUGGACGAUGCGUGCAACCGAAUCCUUCUCUCCAGUCCUCGUCGAUCCUCGGGAAUAAAUUCCGCCCCGAGCGAUGCAACCAAGCGGAGGACGAGAGAGAUGGAAGGGAGCGAGAGAGAAUGAGAGGCUAGCGAUCAGGGGAGAAUACCCUCGGCGGGGCACGGGAAGAAAAGAAGAGAAUGCGAAUGCGAAUGCGAAUGCGGGAGGGAAAGGAGAAAUGAGAAGCCAUAAAGGCAACGGUCGUAAAACCACGUAAGGUACCGGCGAAACACUUUGCGUCGCCCGGAUAUUCCGCUUUUUACCGGGCGCUCUCUCAGCCCCUUUAAUGAAGACGGGGAGAGAGUCGGAGGGCCCGCGCGCGCGUUUCUUGCGGUUGGGGCCCGUCCGCAGAAACCGCUCUUUCUCCCUUCCUCCCUCUUUUCUCUCACGGGAAUCGUAAAACAUCGGUAACCGCCGAGUCGCGAAUUCUGAUGUCGAGAUGCGAGCGAGACGAAUUCUCUCAUUCGUCUAACGGCUUGGUUCGGCUUUACCAUUCUCAUAUGUAAGUAUAAAUAGAAACGUACCGAGUUUCUAUUUAUUUCGGCGAACGUUUUUCCCCUUCAAUCUUGCGCAACAGGACGACACGAGCAACUAUCCGCGAUUAAUCCUUACUUUUAACAGAUUAUUUAAUGCUAACUUCGCGAAAAGAAAGAUGAGAAUGGGACGAAUUAUGACAAAGUCUGAUAACUAUCUCCAGAUAUGAUUCCAAUUGUUUGUAAUAUGAUAUUUACAACAAUUAAGAAAGAAUAGGAAAACAGAUGUGUCCUCUAAACUUUCAAAUUUGUAGGACAUCAUUCUCAUACAUCACCUUCUGUUUUGUACAUCAAGUAAAUAUCGUUAAAAUUACAUUUUACAGGAGUCCACGUUCUCUUCUCUCUUCGACGCGAGUCUGUAUACAAAUACCGUACUCUCGCUUGAUUCGCUCGAUAAAUAUUAUCGAAAUUAGGCGUAAUUGAAUGCAAGUGCGUGAGAUGUAAUUAGUGCCAGAAUAGAAAGCGAAAAAAAAUGGAUAGUCACAUAAUUGGUAAGAAAAUUAUUCUCUCGCAAUAAUACGACUCACAUUUUAAUAAUCCCGUUUUAUUGGAUACAUUAUGGAUUAACGAAGAAAAAAAAUAUUUUACGCGAAAGCGAGAAAUUCGAUAUUCAGGAAAAAAAAGAUUCUCUUUGUUCCGCACUUCCUGAUGUCAGAAGCCGGUAUGAAGAACUCAACACUUGUGCCAUGAUUAAGUUCACGCCAUAAUAAUUGCCAUAUUUUAAACACUGAUAUAAUUACAAGGGAGAAAGGAAGAGCAUGCGUUUCGGCAUUUUUCGUCCUUGAGUAAAAUCCUUAAAAAUAAUGAGGUGCCAUAUACCAUUAUAUUAUACCAUUUCGCUUUCUUUUUUUUCGUUCGUGCAUUUUUUUAAUUCAACUUUAACGUUUUCAUGUCUUUUAAAAGUAGCGUUAUUUCGUCCCAUAUUUAUACUCUUGUUUUUAUAUCGAUGUAUGCGAAAAAAAGACUGUAUGUAAAUAACUGUGAGCGAAUAGUAAUAUAUUUUGUAAUGUUUGUAAGCACGCGAAAAAGUCUCGUGAUUGGUAUUUAAUUUAAAUGUUCUUGUUAAAAUGAUUAAAAAAAAACAUUUAUUAUAUUAUGUGAUUAACGCCGUCUCUCUAUUCGCAGAUUGCUGUGUAGUCUUUAGCAAAAAGAUUUGCCUAUGAAUUUUAAUUAUUUUAGUGAAUUUUUUUUUAACAUUGGCAAAGGAGACAAAUUUUAUCAUUUUAUUAUUUUAUUUUUUGCAUUCACAUUUUUGUUCAAGUUAUGCUCGUUUAAUUAUUUGCUCUCUUAUGCUCUCUAAACAGAAAAUAGAUUAGAACUUAUUCGUUACCUACGAAAUAAUCCAAGCGAGAAAAUUUUAUUGAUAAUAUAGCGAUUUAUACACACAGGUACUCAUUAGAAUUUUUUAAAUUAUUUAUAUCGGAUAUUUUUUAAUUUUUUAUUGUAUUAUCUAAAUCGAAAUUGUUAUUUUAAUUGAAAGACUUGAAUAAUUUUAAAUUUCAAAUUUAACUGAUAUAUAUCGAUUCAUUAGCUUGCCCUACAUCACUAAGUUAUAAAAGAAAACGCAUUUUUUGUUUCGAUACAUAACUGUUGAGAUUAGUACUAAAUGUAAUCGGUUUCGAUACUCCAAUUCAUAUAAGCAAUAUUCCGUUUGGUAUCUUCAAAAUAAUGAUCCAUGGACUUUAAUACUCAGGAAAUAUUUUGGCAGGAAUCCGAUAUAUUCUUUAGUCUAAGUUAUAUUAAAAAAAAAAAUCUCUUUAGCUAAGAAGAAGUGAUACCAAAUAAAAUGCCUCAAUAUACAAUAAGAAAAAUAAUGAUAUUUUUAUAAAAGCGAACAUAUUUUCAUGUUUAGUAUAUAAGUUUGAUACAUUUGCUCGACAUAUACUUCAACAAAAUGCGAGAAUGCUCAAUAACUUCCGCAUAUUAUUAUUAUAUUUUAUAUCUGGAGAAUUUCGAAUUUAUAUGUUAUAAACGAUUUUAGAAAAUGCGUUCAGAAGUCAACGAAUUAUUAUAGCAAAUGUGCAUUAAGCUAAUUGAAUGUUGUAAGCCCUUUCAGGGUAGGUUCCUGUAUUGUCAAUUAAAUAUAGUUAAAUAUAAAUAUUUUUUCGC